GACCGACUCUUGCUUCGGCCCAUCCUUCAGGAGACUCGGCCCAGAGCCUCGUUGAGCCGGCAGAUGGUUGGUGCGGCUCCCGCCCGGAGCCUGAAGGGCGACACCCGCCGGCGUCGCACAUUCAGCUACACACCCUGGGCCCUUGUCUCCUUGCAAAAGGAGAGCUUCGACAGCCUCGAUGCCGACGAAGGAAAGAAGCAGAUCAGCUGCGCCUAUGAGUAUGGAGUGCCGGUGGCUUCCUCAGCGCAAUACAGCUCCGACGGGCCCUACUCGGGAGAUGUUUGGACGGUGGAGGACAUCGCGAAGAAAUGGGGAAACGUCUCCACUCGCCCCUGCUGGAUUCGCGUGCGCGGCGAAGCCGGAGAACGUCUCGCAAGUUGCGCCGUGGCCCUCGAAAAACCUGGAGCCCUGAAGGACAAAGCAGAGGGAAGCCUCUCAACUGCCUGGAGCUUUCUGUGGAUCGCGCUGGGCCUGGCAGUGUUUUGCACCGGUCUUCUCGGAGUUGAAGUCGUCUUCAUUAUUAACACUCUCCAAGAAAGCAGACGCCCAGAGGGAGGAGCUCAACAAGAGGGCCUCGUGAACAAUAUGGGUAAUUAG